GCUCUUCAAAUCUAGAAACAAGUAAAUUGCCCAAAAAAAUCCUCCUAAUAUUCGCCAGGGUUUUUGUAAAAUACACCCAUUAAACAUUGUGUGAUCAAUGUAUGCAGCGUGGAAUGCUCUGGUCGAGUACAUUUAGGACGUAAAAUAUUUCAUCGCGAUGUCUUGGGCUAGUGACCUACCAGAAGAACUCCUGUGUCGUCCAAUGGGCCUUGUGGUUCUAACUGGACUAGAUGUCACUUAUAAUGCUAUACAUAAGACUAUAUGGGACUCGUUCUGUAACAACAGAAGGCCAGAUAGGGUCCCGCUUAAUUUCAAAGUUCUAGCUGCGGAUCAUGAAUAUCCAAAGUGCAGAUCAAAGAGGACAUCCUAUGAGUGGUACAUCCCCAAGGGUAUAGUGAAAAGCAAUUGGUUGAAGAAGCACCUUAGUCUCGUCCCUGCAGUUGUUGUGAUCUUCUUUGAUUUGGACUGGGAUGAACAGAUGUGGAAAGAGAAACAAGUAGAGUGUGCUUGUAAAGUAAAGAUUGUAAGAGAUAGUUUGUCAGGAAGGAGUACUAAAGUUGCAGUUGUGUUGAUUCAGAGGAAUGCACCUCUACCACCAGGAGAAGAUAUGGUUGCAGCUGAGAGAGCAGCUUCAUUAUGUAAUGCAUGUGAAUUAUCAGCCAAGUCCCUGUUUGUCCUUCCACACACAGACCAUCUCCUAGGUUAUACCAUAAGACUUGAGAAUGCAUUUUAUGAACUGUCGCAAAGUUAUUACCAUGGUGAGGCAAGGAAAAUAAAGACUCAUAAAGAGUUCCUCAACAAAACAACACACCAGCUGCUAUUUGUGCGUCACCAGUUCAAGAUUGCCUUUUAUAAUGAGAUGAAACAGGAUUCCCACACUGCUCUUAAACAUUAUAAACUGUCUUACGGUCACAUACUUGAGCUGAGGAUGCAUGACACAAACCUGCUAGAGAUCAAGAUCAUAGCUGGAUACAUAAAUUAUAAGGUGUGUCGUCUGUCAUUCCAACACAAUGCUCCACUUGAUGCCAUAGCUCAGUUCAGAAAGCACAUUGAUUUCUUCAAGAGUAGAGAUGGCCAACCAGAGCUAGCCUUUGAACACAGUGCAUGGAUGUCUAAACAGUUCCAGAUGUUUGCUGAUUUAUUUGACGAGGCAAUAAAGAUGGGGCUGACUGCUAUCCAGACCCAACAUCCUGGCAUUUACUAUCAGCAAGCUGCCAAUCAUGCUGUUGCUAGGAAACAGCUUUGCCAGGGCUUAUGUCAUAGCUCCAACCAGGUCAUAAGCCCAGAUCCCCUAGAACUACUUGAUAAAUUAGACUACUAUGGUCAAAGACCUUGGAGACAAGGACAUCACCUCAGUGUUGAACCUCCUGAUAUUCUGAGGGAAAGGGAUGGAAUACAAGCUCUGCAGCAAGUAGAACUCAAGGUUGACCAUUCGUGGCUCAUCAUCCCAUUGCUGUCGAGUGCAGUGGCACAGUUCAAGAAAUACAAAUCCCCAAGAAUGAAACGUUACCUUAUGGUGCAAAUGGGUGAGGAAUACUAUCAUGCCAAGGACUACAAUAAAGCUCUUACAUUGCUGAGUCGUGUUACAUGGGACUACAGAGCUGAACGCUGGUGGUCACUGCUGACAUCUAUACUGUCUACAUUGCUACGCUGUGCUUACCUUGUGGGAAAUAUACAGGAGUAUGUCACUGUCUGUCUGGAACUAACAACAAAAUAUAUCCAAUGUUCACCCGAAGAGAAGACGAGAAUUCAGAUGAAUCUGGUCAGAGUAAUGGCCUGUGACCCUCCAGAGGCAGAGCCAGGAUGCAACAUGGAGUGUGUCGAGACUGCCAAACCUCUCUGGAAAGUCAACCAUUCACCAGAUGAACCUUGUGUCUUCACCAUAGAGAUGCAGAACAUUGUUCCUUUUGUUGAAUGCAAGGCUAUGUUCACAGAGACGAGCUUUACAGCUGACUGUCCAAUUGUAAUCAAAGUUUAUUUAAGAACUAGUUGUCCAUUCCCAAUCAGAUUUUCUAGCCUAGCUGUAUUACUGAAUGAACAGGACUACAAUGUACAUUGCAAAGUAACUGAUGGUCAGCCAAUUAAUUCUGGAGAUGAAAUUGAGGCUGAUGCAGGUGACCUCUAUCUUGUACCCAAUCAAAUUAGAUGUUACACUUUCUCAUUCCUUGUGCAAAAGGAAGAUGUUGGUAAAUCCAUUGAGAUGAAUGGUGUAGCAUUAUCUCUAGGGUCUCAAACAACAAGGUGCGCUGUGCUUCACUGGGUAGGGGGAGGAGGCGAUGCAGUGUCAUCUACCCCGGGGCAACUUCAUCACCACCCAGGGGUCAUAAGGGGUCACAUAGAAUCUAAUCCUGAAUGGGACAACCUAACUAUUCUUUCUUCCACAAAGAUUGAAACAAGGCCUGCGAGGGUUAAUAUUGAGGUGCUACAUGAGGCUCCUGUGCUAGUUAAUGAGUUCUACUACAUGAAGAUUAAUAUCUCUAACAAUGAGGAGAAGCCUAUAAAUCAGAUAAGUGUAUCUGUUGGGCUUCAAGAGGGGGAAGACAGCGCUGCAGAACAGUCAACUCAUGUAAAUGAUGGGAGUGCAGAGUUUGAUGGUCAGGUGGUCAACUGUAGGACAGAUGUCACUCUCCCUCCUUUGAAACCAGGAGACAAGCAUUGCAAGGAUGUCUAUAUAAAGUGUCUACAAGCUGGAAAUAGGAAGAUAGAUGUAAAGGUGUCGUAUUGUGUAGAUGUCUCGACUGAAGGUGCCAGUCUCUCCUGUUCAUGCUGUAAAGAUGUCACUCUCGACCUAAAUGUUGUAGAGCCAUUCAACAUUGCGGUCAAUCUUGCAUCUAUGAAGUUCGAUAAAAUCACAAGUGUUCAUGCAGAUGCCCCUUUCCUGCUGAUACCAACACUGACUAGUUCUUCCCCCUGGCCCAUUACUAUAGAGGGCAGCACCUUACAACUGAGCCCUUUUCUUAGUUUUGAAGGAGACCAGCCAGAUACUCAAUUAAAAGGAGUGUCUUUGAAGAAGGAUGAACAAGCUUCCGAAUGCUGCUGCUUGGUGGCGCCACCAUCCAUGCAACCCACAGUUGCCAUGGGAACAUAUACAGUAAAUUGGAAAAGAAAGUCCACAAGUGACACAAUCCCGUAUGUAGAGACCAGUAUUGAGCUGGGCAAUGUAGCUGUUGAACACAUUCCUAUUCUGAUCAAGGCAGACAUAGAGGCAUAUGGAACAGUGAGGACUUGUCUCCCUGUCACCUAUACAUUAUAUAAUAAGACUGCAUAUGCUCAGGAGCUGCAUCUCACCAUGGAUACCAGUGAAGCCUUUAUGUUUAGUGGGCAUAAACAGAUGCACUUGAGGAUUCUACCAAGCAGUAGCUACAAGUUAGAGUACAACAUGUACCCUUUAGUAGCAGGUUAUGUGACACUUCCAAAGCUGCAACUGAACAUGCUGCGAUAUCCUGGUACCAUGAAGGAUAUCAUACAAUCUAUGCUCCCUUCUCAUAUAUUUAUUAAGCCUAUUGGAAAAGCAGCAACAGCAUCCUGAUCUAGUACGGAAGUCAAUUAGGGGAAGUUCAGCCCAAGACAUUCUGAUAUUGCACACCUUAUAUGUGCAUUAUUUGGAGAUUUAUCAUUUUAAUGAUGAAACAUGGGAAGAAAUUGGAAAAUGUGUUUUGAUGAAGACAGUGAUAAUUUUGUGUAAUAAUUUCUGAAGCAUUAUUCCAAAAAAGAAAAAGUGAAUGGAAAUGCAUAAAUUGUUUCACUGCCUGUAACGUAGUUCUUUCCUCUGGAGAUUGAAUUGUUAAACUUGAAUGAUAAAACAUACUUGUAUUAUCUUGGGCAAAUACUAGAUGGGACAAAAAAGUUGGGUAAGUUGAAUUUCACAUGAUAAAGUUAUUUAUUUUGAAAAAAAUGAAAUGAACUUGUUAUAUAUUAUUUUUCUUUUGAAAUAAGAUUAUCUUAAUGUAAGGAAUUUUAAUUUCUAUCUAUUUAGAAUAAUUUGACCCAUCCUGUACAUAGAUGCAUACUGUUGCAGUACUUUGUACACCUUAGUGGAUUAUGAGGUGUCUUAGAAAAUGUGCAAUAUGAUUAUAAUUAUGUACAAUAUACUCAAACAUAAUGUUACACCCUGUAUGUGUUAAACAAAAUAUCUGUAAUAACAUUAUAUGAUUAAAUAAAAUUUAUAAAACUCAA